AUGGUAAAGAAAGACGCGAAAAUUUCUCCAGCCGUUGCAAGUUCUAUCAAGAAGGCUACAGGAACCAGCACAAGCUCGAGUACCGGCACUUUAGCCAGUGCAACUCCUAAUUCAAUUAGCCAACCUAUCACUGACUUAGUGAACGCAGUUAAUACUACAUACAAAUCAUACAUCAAUAGUUUAACUCCAAGAUUGCAAUUAAUAGAUGUCUUUUUAGCAUUUUUAGUAUUAUUGGGGAUUUUACAAUUCGUGUAUGUGAUUUUGAUUGGAAAUUUCCCAUUCAAUGCAUUCUUAGGUGGAUUCAUUUCAUGUGUUGGUCAGUUUGUAUUGACUGUUAGUUUGAGGUUACAGUACGAAAAUCUGACUUCUGACAAAACUGAAACAUCAAUUGACGAAAUUGAAGCUGAAGAAGAAAAAUCUGAAGAUGCACCAAAGUCAAAUUCUCUUUUCGAGAGCAUUAGUCCAGAGAGGGCUUUUGGUGAUUAUAUAUUUGCCAGCUUGAUUUUACAUUUCAUUGUGUAUCACUUUAUCAAUUAG